AAAAUCAGUUUUGUUCACAAAAUUCCGAACACAACACGACACAUCAUACGAUAACAUCAGCGCAACUAUCGCCAACUCUGUAACCCCGUGUAACGAUAAGGUAUUAAAAAGAAAUAUUCCAAUAUCAUUUAAUUAGUGCCUAUUUAAACAUCGUACGCGACUGACUAGAACCGAUUCAGGAUAUAAAGACAGCUAAAGAAAUGAAGAAACUUGUUUUGAUAGCGCUUUUGUUCUUUGCCCAAACGAUAAGCGCAGAAUACAACAAACAAUUAUACGACAGUGUUAUAUCUGGCGAUUAUGACCACGCCGCAUCUAUUGCUAAACGGCUACAUACAAACAACGUCAGCGAACUUCAAGAAACUAUUUCGAAGUUGAUAUCAGACAAAAUUCGCAAUCUCGUCGAUUUUUCGUACAGACUGUGGACUACCGGAUCGAGAGAAAUCAUCACCGAUAACUUUCCAAUACAGUUCCGAUUAUUUUACAACGACAGAGCUAUCAAAAUAACGGACGCGAAAUAUGGUUAUUCAAUAAAGCUGACACCGGGGCAAAAUAAGGCAAUAAUAAAUAUCUCUGAUAAUACUAACGUGAGGAGCAGUUGGGUAUUCAAGCCACUGUGGGAGAGCAACAAGCUCUACUUCAAAAUUUGGAAUGCGGACUCCAAUUCCUACCUUGAAUUCGGCGAAAAGGAUGCCAAUGGUAUUCAACCACUAAUAGGCUCGGACAGAGCCAGCAGCGAAAGAUUCCAGUGGUAUUUGGUGCCCGACAAAAAUGCCGCUACGUCGGAGAUAUUUUUUUAUAUUUACAAUCGCAAGUUUAACGAUCCUAUCGAGAUUAACCUCAAAGAGAACAGCAAUGAUGAGCAACAGCUUUUCGGAGAAUUAACGCGAACCGAUGUCAAUUUUGAACACUACGGUUGGAAUUUCGAGCCCCUAUAAGCCAAAAUUUCGCAUGAAUCGAAUGUUUUUGUUGGUAAUCAACACGUAAUAAAUGAAUUUUGUAAAAUCUCCUUCUUUCCUUAAUUUCCCGGUUCUUUCUUCAAUCUGGUUAAAAGGACGAAAAACUUACUAAAUAGGCGUUGUCAUGGACGCGUGAAUGUUUACUAGAACCUCACAGCUCCAUCUUAGCAAGCUAAAUUGAUAACAGUAGAUCAUUCAUUGUUUUCAAACCCCAAUGGACCAUUCGCGCCUUUGUACCGACCAAAUCACGUAACUAGGAUCUCUGAUGUGAAGUCUUCUAUUCAUCUAUUUUCUGCUAGAUUAUUUUAAAAAUAUGUUAUAGGUACGUGAUAUCGCUAGGAUCUUCG